AUGGCGCUCCCUCCUAAGCUGUACACAUGGCUUUGCGGCUGCUUUGCAGCCCUCGGCUCCAUUCUCUUCGGUUAUGAUCUUGGUGUCAUUGCCGGUGUCAUUGUCGCACCGGACUUCCUCCGCGUCACCAAGAACCCCAGUUCCGACUACAUUGGUUUCAUCGUCAGCUCCAUGCUGCUCGGUGCGCUCGUAGGAUGCAUCCCUGCCUCGCUUAUCGCCGAUUCCUUCUCGCGGCGUUUCGCCAUCAUGGUCGGUGCCAUCGUCUUCAUCCUCGGCGGUGUCUUGCAGACCGCUGCUCAGAACCAGGGCAUGAUGAUGGCAGGCCGCUUUUUCGCCGGCGUCGGCAUUGGAAUGCUUUCCAUGCUUGCACCGCUCUACCAAUCCGAGAUCGCGCAUCCCUCGAUUCGAGGAAGGCUCACGACGCUUCAGCAAUUCUUCCUCGGCAUCGGUGCGCUCAUUGCCAGCUUCGUCGUCUACGGAACCAACCUGCACCACCACAACACCGUGUUCGAGUGGCGAUUCCCUCUCGGUCUUCAGAUUGCGCCUGCCGUGCCGCUCGCGUUCCUCAUCAUGCUCUUCCCCGAGUCGCCGCGAUGGCUCAUGUCCAAGGGUCGCGAGGAGGAGGCGCUUCGCUCUCUCGCUCGUCUCCACGCUCGUGGGGACACCUCCGACGUCUUUGUCCGCGCCGAGCUGGCCGAGAUCAAGGCGCAGCUCGCCGUCGAGAAGGGCACCGCCAGUGGUUGGGGUGAGAUCUUCAACAGCUCGCAGAACAUUCGCAAGGUGGCCAUCGGCGUCAUUCUUCAGUUCUCGGUCCAGAUGACGGGUGUGGCUGCGAUUCAGUACUACGCACCGGAGAUCUUUGGUGCGUUUGGCUACUCGAACAACCGCAUCUUCCUGCUGCAGAGCAUCAACUCGAUCAUCGCGCUGGCUGGCGAGGGAGCAUGCGUGUUGUUUGUCGACAAGCUGGGUCGUCGAUGGCCGUUGAUUGUGUGCAACGCCAUGGCGGGUGCUUGUUUUGCGGUCGCCACGGCGCUGCAGGCCAUUUACCCUGCCGACAGCCCGCGCUUCUCCUCGGCCGCCGGUGGAGCCUUCAUCGCCAUGAUCUGGAUCUUUAACUUUUUCUUCAGCGCCGGUAUCGGUCCGCUUUCGUGGGCGGUACCGGUCGAGCUGCUCAACACCAACAUCCGAGCCAAGGGAACCGCUCUCACCAGCAUGAGUUGCUGGAUCGCCAACUUUAUGAUUGGCCAGGUCACGCCCAAGGCGCUCGAGAGCGUCGGCUGGAAGUACUACAUCCUCUUUGCCGUCGGCGGUUUCAGCAACGCCUUGACCUUCUGGUUGAUCCUGCCCGAGACCAAAGGUCGAACGCUCGAGGAGAUGGACGAGUUCAUGGAGAACACGCCCUGGAUCGUCGCCUUCCACAACACCAGCAUCAACACCAAGGAGCGCGAGGAGGAGCUUCGUCGUGGUGUUGUGCAUGUUCAAGGCGCCCAGCCCGACAUUUACGAGACCUCAAGCACCGACGACAAAAUCGAUGGCAUGAAGACGAGCAACCACAGCCACGAUCUCGAGAAGCAUUAA